AUGUCCAACGAAGACACGAUACAAAAUGUCAUCCCUUUCCAAGCUCCCGUCCACAUAUUAUCCAAAAAUCUUUCACCCCGUCUCUCUCGCUCCUCGCUGCCAUCGCCAUCGUCAUCGCCGCCUUCAACGUUUCCACUGUCGCGCUCGCCCUCCAGUGCCUACAAUGUCGGCGUCGUCCCCCUCGCCCUCGUCGUCCCCAUUGCCCUUGCCGUCCAUUGCCGCCGCAUCCACGUCCUCGGCCUCGCCGUCGGCCACCGCCUCGAACGUUCCUGCCCUCACCGUUGCCCUCGCCUUCUGCUGACUCCAAUGUCCUCUGCAUCCCCGUCGCCCUCAACGUCUGCUGUCAUCGUCCUCAACCUCCCCGUCAUCUCCAUCCGGCCCGAUGUAUGGCUCGUCCCCAAAUCGAGCCCCAAGCCGUCCACGGAUUUCUCCCCAUCCUCCAAGGACUAAAGACAACACUCAAGACGACCUUUGGUUCGGCUUGAACAGGCACGGCCUACGAGCUAUGAUCUCGCUGAAGUCGUACGCCGCCCCUGAAGACCUGCAUCUGGCCAAGGUAGUGGAUGGGCACGGCGAGGUCGCUGAAGACUUGCAACGCAGUGUACUCUUUCGGCCCGCCGGAGGGGGCCUUGGAGUUGCCGUACCCCGCAUAUCUCGAUGUGUGGCGCCCGAUGGGCCGAUGAUCUCGGGCGCGCUAGAUGUGAACAACAAACGCCGAUUGAUGAAAAUCCGGAAGACGGCGAUGCGCAAUGGAAAUCCUGUAAUCAAGCGUCGCCAUUACAGGCGGAGUUCUCGCUGUGGCUUACGAUGUUUGUUGGGCCUCGAUGGAGAUCGUUGAAUCAAUGAAAAACUGGUGCCUACACUACUUUGGGCCAGCAAAGUUGGGGGCCCCUCAGUUUCGGGGGCCCGGGGCGGCCGCCCCCCGCCCC